AUGGAAGAAAAACAACAAGAAGCUUCAAUGCCACUAGUUCCCAUAGACAGUUUUUCUUACAGUUGGGUAGUUAACUGUCCUUCUUUAGAAGCUUCCAUUGAUGAUUAUCAUCAAACCUACGACGAUUCUUCUUCUUCCUCGUUCAUAGAGAUGGAUCCAAGAUUGCCUCCUUCUAGAAGAUUCUUCAUCAACAAAUCCCAUGAAAGUAGCUUCAAGUUCGACAACUUCGUCUCUUUCUCCGACGAAAAUAACUCUUUAGUACACGCCGACGAGCUUUUCCGUGACGGCUACGUCAUGCCUUAUCUAUCAAAAGCCACGUCAGCGGCAAUACAAGAAGAAGAAUCUGAGCCGUUGGAUACUAAAGCGGAGAAGAAGAUGGAGACACGUGACAUUAAGAGCAAGUCUCCUUAUUCUUGUAGAAAGUUGAGGAGAGUUUCGAAAUGGGUAUUGUUGUUUUUAACGCCAUUGUGUAAAAGAUUAAGGAGAUGUAGAUCCGCUGUAUCAUCCGGAGGUAUCGGUAUCGACUCUAACGUCCGUGCAGCGACCUUGUCUAGAAGCAGAGUUUAUUCUGAUGAAAUGACUUCGUCGCCAAGAAUAAGUGUUGCAGAUGAUUAUUAUUGGAGAAGGUCUUGUGACUCAGAGAGCUCCAUUUACGAAGCUGUUCUUCAUUGCAAGAAAUCUUUUGAGAAAUGAGAGUCAAGAAACAAUGGAAUAGGAGCAGGUAGGAGUAGAGAUGGAGAAUAUUAAGCUUAAGAAGAAUAAGCAAAUUGCAUUACACGUUAAACAUGGAGUGGGAAAGAGAGAGCAGCUUGUGUUGUUUCUCUCUCUUGAAUUAAAGAGAUUGAUGUGAUGAUUCCAUGUGAUUAUGUGAAUGUGUCAUCUGAUGUGAAUCAAGAAUGUUUUUUACAUGAGUGGGCACAUAUACAGGGCAGCUAGCAGAAUCAAAAAAUAUUUUCAGAUUUUCUUGAAUUAAAGAGAUUGAUGUGAUUAUAGUUUCUUUUCAUAUAUGUAAUCCUAUAUGUACCUACCCAUGUUUUACUUUCUGGUCCAAUUGUGUUUUGAAUAUUCUUACUUUUGUGAAAAUUUUGUCUUUUAUUGUCUUAUAGAUCAUAUGUGGAUGUGAUCAUAUAUAUGCAUGAUUGAACUCCUUUUCUUAUCAUAAUUGUAAUUCAAAUCAAUUAAAUUUAACAA